AUGGGGAAGACUUCCGUGGGCUAUGCUCCGGUGGAGACUGCUGGCAAGAUGGUCAUAGGUGCCUUCGAUGACGACGACGAUGACCUCGAGGAUGGCAAGGCGGUCUCAGCACCCCCUCCAAAGCUCGACCAGGCGGACUUGCCUCUCAGGCAAGUGGCCUUUGCUGUCAUUCUAUAUGCAGCUUGUUCAUCCACGCUGCUGCUGAUUAACAAGGUGGCGAUGAGCUUCGUGCCUGAUGCCUCGUUCAUUCUCUUCUGCCAGUUUCUGUCAUCAUCGGUGACGGUGAGGCUGAUCAGAUGUGCUUCUCCAGAUGCGGACAUUGAGCUGAUCCGCUGGGAGAAAGCACGUCCUUUCUUUCUCGCCUGCCUCGUCUUCUUCCUCUGCCUCCUGGCCAACACGCAAGCACUGAAGUCAGUGAAUGUGGAGACGGUCAUCGUAGCGAGAUCGUGCUCGCCGAUUGCAGUCUCCAUCUUGGAGCAUUUCACCUUGGGUAGGGCCCUGCCGAAUGCGGCAGGGGUGCUGUCUUUGGCGGCAAUCGCUGGAGGGGCGGUGAUCUAUGUCCUCUCAGAUCAGGGCUUCCAAAUCGACGGGUAUUCAUGGCUGCUGUUGUAUUUUGUGUUUAUCGUUGUGGAGAUGGUUUUCGUGAAGUUCGUCGUAGACACGGUCCCGAUGUCGACGUGGACGCGUGUCUACUACAACAACACGUUGUCGCUUCCCAUGGUGAUGGUUUCCUCGCUUGUAACGGGCUUUGGCGCCUUCUUGAAGGUGGAAUGGGGAAUGGCCCAUGUUGUGAUGGUGGCUCUGUCCUGCGUGGUAGGCGUGGCGAUUUCCUAUGCAGGGUUCAACCUGCGCAAGGCCGUCUCUGCAACCUCCUUCACUGUUAUCGGUGUCCUGUGCAAGCUCCUCACUGUCCUUCUGAAUGACACAGUCUGGAGCAAUCAUUCCAACUUCAUGGGCCACCUUGGGCUGCUGCUUUGCAUCGCCGCAGGCUUUGCAUACGAACGGACAAAGGCGCCGAGAUAG